AUGUCUUCAAUGGAUAAAGGUGUUUAUCGACUGGUACCAUACAGAUUUUUCAUAAAUGAAUCACAUUUAAACGUAUGUAAAUUGGAAAAAUUAACUAAUUUAUUUCCUGAAAUGAAACUAAUUAUUGAAUUAGAAUUAUUCAAAAUUAAUAAUUUAUCACGUAUGGUGGAGCGUCUUUCGCUUAUUUAUAAAGUUUCACCCGUUGUUGAUAAUCGUGAUGAUACUCUUCAUCUUUUUCUUGGUCCUUAUCAUCUUACACUUGGUCCAGCUAUAUUUGGAGCACUUCAUUUUAAAAAUAUUUCGACAGCAUUACUUGCUUCAUCACAUUCAAAAUCAAAAACUGAUAAUACUAAUCAAAGUCAUAAACGUCGACGUGAAGCUGUACUUCGUCGCUUUCGGCGUACAGUACGAAAACUAAUUUUUAUUAAGUCAAUUAUCGAUCAAGUUCACCUUGCAUCUGUUCUUACACCAUAUAAUCAAUAUGCAUUAUAUAAACAAGGCAUAUAUGACCUUGCAUUAGCAGGACAUAUACAUGGUACAAAUUCAGUAUUUUAUGAUGAAAACUUUAUUGAACAAAUGAAUAAUACUCGUUUAAUGAGUGCUUCAGAAAAUGAAAAUCCCUUACUUGCAUCUAAGUUUAUAAAAAUUAACAGUAUACUUCAGUUACUCUCUCCACCUACAGCUCAACAACAACCAGAUAAUAACUCAACAAUAGGAAACAUAACAGAACCUAAAUCAGACAGUUCAAUUAGUUAUACAACUGAUGAAAAUUCUUCAAAGUCUUUCAUCAAUUCCACAAAUUUAUGUUGUCCACAACAUAUUAACACGCAAGAUGGUCCUAUGUUUCCUGUUAGCCGAUCAACGAAUUAUCAGUCUAAUUCGUUUCUAUCACAGGAAUCUCCUUCAGGAGUUCAGAGUAGGCGAAAUUCACGCAGACGUUCAGUGGCUCUUUUAAAACCAAGUACGACCAUUAGUCUUCCUGAUUUAACGUUUGAACCGACACUCUCACCAAAUCCUACUGUACUCAAAUUAAACAAAUCGAAAGAUUCUCCAUCUUCUCAAGAGAUUACUACUAAUCAAGAAGAUAUACUUGUUGAUAAUAUUUCAUCUAUUUUAAUAAAUUACUUAGUAUCUCAACAAUCAAUGCCAUCUAAUACUAAUGAUAAUCACAAAGAAUUCGAUGAUAACAAAGUUUCUCUUACAUCUACAACUAUAAAAGCAACAUCAAAUGAUUCUGAUACAUCCAAUCAAUUGUUAUCAAUAGUUAAGACUAAUGAAUUUGAUAAUCUAUUACAACGUAUCAAAACAAUUGUAGAUAAUUCUUUAUCUGUGAAAAUUCAAAACAAUGAUCAAGUAUCUCAAGCAACUGAUAAUCAUCAAAAUUUACCCUAUAAUUCUACGAAAACAACAAUAAAACAAAAGCGUCGUCAACAAUUAUUUACAUUACGUACUGUAUCAUGGCAAGAAACGUCUACAAAUGAAUUCAAUACUGAACAUGUGGAAUCAUCGAAUAAUAAAUAA